UCGGUAAAUUUUCACGAUUUUUCAGAUGGGCAAGCUCAACAUCCCAAAGACAAUCGGCAUAUGGUCUGUUCAAGCCUUGAUUGGCACUGGUGCGUUUGGCAGCGUAUUCCUGGUCAGGACUGAAGUGAAGGGCAGCAAGAGGUUUGGCUAUGCGGCAAUGAAAGUGGAGAAACGCAGAAAGCACCGAGAGGAAGAAGUUCUUCGGAUGGAAGUGUGGGUCCUGAAGAAGCUUCAAGGCAUCCCUUCUUUCUGUACAAUCUACAAUUUGGGACAGACUGCGGAAUUCACCUACGUUGUGAUGACCUUGCUCGGAAAGCCGAUUGACGACCUACGCCGGAUGCAGCCAAAGCGCAAGUUCUCAACAGUCACAACUCUUCGGAUUGGCAUCCAGCUUAUGAAGGCAUUUGGCGCACUUCAUCGAGCAGGCUUCAUUCAUCGUGACGUAAAGCCGGCAAAUAUCGCUGCAGGUCACAAGCGAGCGGAUGUCAUCUACUUGUUUGACUUUGGGUUGGCGCGCCUCAUCUACACUGAUGAGAACAUGACAACGUUGAGGCCGCGCCGCAAGAAGGUCGCGUUUCGUGGAACCUACCGCUACUGCUCGUUGAACGCUCAAAAGUGCAUAGAUCAAGGUCGAGUGGAUGACAUCUGGAGCGUUAUGUACACGCUGAUCGAAUGCAAAAAGCGGAAGUUGCCGUGGACUGGGAUCAAACCAAGACAGUGCCAGACUUUGAAGGAGAGCAUUACGAGUGCAGAGCUGCUUGAGGGUUGUCCACCUUCCUUCGCACGUAUCAUCGAGCACUUGACCCCGCUUGGAUUCGUUGAUGAGCCCAACUACGAUUCUCUCGUCCAAUGGCUUAAUGAAGACCUACAGGCAGACCCAGAUGCAAAUAGCGUUUUUGAUUGGCAGCGAGGAAGUUCAGCGAGCUUCAGACGAAUGUCCGCUGAUGUGACUGGAAGUGAUCCUGAGGCAAGUUUCGCAUUGAUGUUUGUGUAUAAAACCAAAACUCUUAAAAAAUUUCCAGGUGAGGUCUGA